CCUGUGCCAGUGAGGGACAGGAGUUCGCGGAGGCGGGUCGGAGCUACCGCUUCCGCAGGGCGAUGGGGCCGUGUGUGCUGCCACUGCUGCUGCUCCUGCCGACACUGCUGCUGUCAGCGCUAUUCUGCGGAGUCCAGGCGGUCGCUUCCCUAUCGUCGGGCUCCUCGCAGUCUACGGUCUCGCCAUCACAGACCAUAGCGAAUGGAAGCCAGCCGGCUGUGCCGUACAACACUACGCACCUGCAGCCGCGGGGCUCGCUGGGCUCGCAGCUGCUGCGCUCUUUUUACGUGCUGAUUGGCCUCACCAGUCUGGUUGUGUUCUACUUCCUCAUCCGGGCCUUCAGGUUGAAGAAACCCCAGCGGAGGAGCUACGGCCUCCUCGCCAACGAGGACCCCACAGAGAUGGCCUCCCUGGACAGCAAUGAGGAAACCAUCUUUGAGACCACGAAUCUGAGAUGACAUUCAGGUCGGGGAGGCAGUGUUCCCAGAAGCCUUGGGGGAAGGACAAGAGACAGGGCCCCACUCCCAGUGCCUACACAUCUGGCAGUUCUACUGGCCCGAGAGCUCGAGUGGGACCUGCCCAGCCAGCCUGAAGCUACCUUGGCCCUCCACUGCCACAGGACCACCCAGGAUGCCAGGUGCGAACCAGAGGGGCCUCUGGCUGCCCCAUCCAGGAUUCUGAGACCCUAUGGCUGGACUUUGACUUGUGCCCCUGACCCUCCCCCACGGGGACACAGCUGAGACCUGGCAGGCAGGUGGGCUUGUGGUCCUGUCUGGGAGAGCCUUCUCACUGGGCUGAGAACAAUAAAGGCAGCAGUGGCUCUGUA